AUGGUACAUCAUCCGAUACCUUCUUAUUACAGAGGGUCGCAUAAUAAUAACAACAGCAAUGGUAAUGCUAACGAACUGAAUAGUAAUGGUACCAACACUAUGGACAACUCGUUGAUGAAUAUUACAAGUAGGAAGCGAUAUCAUUAUUCAAAUCCGAACUUAAACCAUUCGAUUAAUAAUAAAUCGAAAAAUAAUUUAUUUCAAAGGAUUGGUAAUCAAAGUAUACCCACUUCAUCUGCAAAUUCGAUACCGAUAACAAAUGGUAAUCAUACACCAGUCCCCAGUACAAAGCCGACUUCAAGGUACGGACCAAAUUCACGACCUACUACUUCGCAUAAUAAUAAUCUCCACAGUAAUAUAAACAAUAAUACAAAAAUUUCAAAUAAUAUUAAUAAUACUAUGGCACCCAUCACCACAGGUACUAGUAGGUAUAAGUCUGUGGAAAAUGAUACUCCUUUUUCUGCCGGUGCUGAUCAUUAUUCAAGGUAUUCGGGGAAUUCCACAUCUUCUACCAAUAUCAAUACAAUCCAUCCCACAUCAAGCCGGUAUAAUAAAUCAUUUACUAGACCAAGAUCGGUGGAUAAUAAUAUAUCGGGCAUGAUAUCAGGUAAUAUACCUCCUUCCUCAUCAUUAGAUUCUUUAAAUUAUUAUAAAAGCUCAAACUCAUCAAUGAUUAGUAAUAAUAGAUAUCGUCAUCGUAAUAAUAAUUCUCCAAGACCAUACUGGAAACCUAAUUUUAAAAAUAAUAAUAAUAACAAUACUUUAUCAUCUAAUAAUACUAAUAAUAAUAAUAAUAAUAAUCCUAAGUAUUCAAAUAAUCAAAUAUCAACAGAUUAUGAUAAUUAUUCAUCUAAUCAUAGCCAGGCCUCACCAAUUAAUAAUCCAAAUCUAAUUAAUCCAUUUCUUACCAAUAAAAAUAAGCCUUCGUCAACAACUCAUUUGCAAAAAAAUAAAACUCCAUCAAAUACCUCUUUACACAAUAAUGUUAUUCAUAGUAAUGGGAUAAACAAUUCAAUAAUAUCUCCGAUUAAAAGGCCUUAUUCAACUGAUGAUAUUUCGCUUAAUACAACAGCGCCAAAUGUAACUACAAGUGCAAAUAGCUCGUCUUCUUCAAAUUCAACUGUAACAACCCCUAUUUCCAAAUCAAAUAAUACUAUAGAAUUGAAUGAGCCGCUUAAAAAUGAAUCUCAAAUUAGUGAACCCCCCAAAUCUGCUUCGAUAACAACUGAACAGUCAUUAAAAGAAGAUACAAAAGUAGAAACUCCGCAGCCCAAAACAGAUAUCAAGGUAGACGAGACUGAGAAAGAUGAUAUUAAUGAAAUGCAAAUAAUAAACAACCCAGAUAAAGUAAGCUCGUCUGAGAAUGCUAUCGAAGAUAAAGCAAGCAUAUCGCCCCUUAAUACAGAUACUACAGAUUUGGAUCCAAAAUUCCUUUGGGCACAAUGCCCACAACCUACAGAAAAUAAAGAUAUUAAACAUACUGACGAUAAUAAUGAAGAUGAAGAUGGUGAUAUAGAAAUGGGAGAAGAAACAGAAGAUACCAAAGCAGGUCAAGAUAUUAUUGUAAAAAAAGAUGAAUCUUCUAAAAAACUUAUAGACAUUAAUAAAAACCCUUCAAAGUCAUCUUCUGAUUAUGAAUAUUUAACAGAUUAUAAAUUACUUGAAAUGGACAUUCCAAAGUUACAAAAAUAUAUUGAUACACCCACACCAUAUCCUCCACCGAUAAGAGAAAUUUCCUCGUGUAUUUUUCCAAUGAAUGAAAUUGAAACUAAAUUAUGGUAUUUGAAAAAUUUGAAAAAUGAUAUUCAAAUAAUUAAUGAAAAAUAUUUACCAAAGACUUCCAAAUUAACUAUCAAUUCAUUAUCUGAAUAUUCAUUUUUUAACAAAAAUAUUAUGAAAUUCAAUAAUACUUUAAAGUAUAUUCUAUUGAGGAAAAAUUUAAAAUUAAAUAAAAAACUAUACUCAUUAAAUUUAAAACUGAAAUAUCAAUACUUGAACGAGUUAAAUAAAAAUUGGAAUGACAAUAAUCAAGUAUUGAAAGAUUUAUCAGAUAAAUUACGUAAAGAUGAAUUAGAUUCUGUCCAAAAAUCAAAACAAAGAAAUAGCUCCUCUCGGAAAUCAAAAUCAGAUCAUAAAGAUAGAGAUAAUAAAAGAGAAGAUUCUAAUGAUAGUCUUCAUAAUUCUACUACAAAUAACGAUAAUGACAAUAAUUCUAAUGAAAUGGAAACAAAUAAUUCAUCAUCUUCCAUAUCCUUAACAAGAAGAAGAAACAGAGCAGAUUUUGUGGAUGACGAAGACAUUGAAAAUGUUUUAUUACAGAUUGAUCCUGAUUACAAGCAUCAACAAUUAGCUGCAAAAAUUCCAGAUUUGAUUCAAAAUCCAAUCAAACGAUUUAGACUCAGAUUUCAAGAUGUCAAUAACUUAGUCACAAAUAAAAAUAAGUGGGCUUCUAGAAUUUUAACCGAUGGUGUAGAUAAUUUUACAGACCUUGAACACCAAGUAUUCCUUGAAGCAUAUUUAAACCAUCCAAAAAAGUUUGGCAAGAUUUCGAAUUUAAUGAACUUCAAGAGGUCUCCAGAAGAUUGUGUUUUACAUUAUUAUAAAACGAAGAAGGAAGUCAAUUAUAAACAAUUGAUCAUAGAAAAGAAUAAGAAGCGCAAGAAUAUUGCAAAUGCCAAACGGAAAAUCAAGAAAAAGGAAAAAAGCAAUAAUAGUGUGGUUUCAAAUAAUAAUGCUAAUACUUCAGUAAAUGAUAUUUCAAAUUCAUCUAUUGAUGUAAUAAACCAAUCUUUAGAACUUGAACCUUCAAAUACUCCUAUUACUUCUACUAUCGUGGCCGAUCCUGUUGUACCAAUAGUACCAGUUACUGAAGCCAUAUCUCAGCCAACAAUUUCACCUUCUAUUUCUGCCAAUGCCAUUACACCUCCAACUAUCGAAUAUGCAUCUUACAACGAUAGGCAUUUUGUCUCAUCUGCUUCCCAAAAAUCACCAAAUGAUGUCAUUACGCAGCGUACCAUUUGUAACGAUACUCCCAUUGCCGCAACUGAUACACAUAUUGAACCUAUUCCUAUUACUAAUGGAACUAUUACACCUAUUAUUAAUAAGACACCAGAUACAAACACUUCUCAUCAAGAUAUCACAUCAAAUAUUCCAGCUAAAAGUAAAACACCAGAACUACCAACACAAGAGUCUGUUGUGAAGAAUGAUGUAACUUCAAUUCCAAAUAUGACUAAUAAUUUGACAAAUGUCAAUACAACAUCAGAUACUUCAGUUACUUCACCCCAAAUUGCUAUAAGUGAAAAUUCUGGAAAUGAAUCAAACUUUACGGGCAAAAGAAUUCGCGAUUUAUUGGAUAAUUCUAUAACAACCACUCCCACACCAAUAACUACUCCAGUUAUGCCUCAAGUAGCAUCAUUUACCAAUUCUGCCAACUCUAGUAAUCCUCUAACAAAUUCGCCUAAGAAUUUAACUACUUCAUCGCCAUCUAUGGGUGAUAAUCAAUACGCUAGAAAAAGAAAUAAGCAUAAUCCAGAUCAUAAAUCUAGUUACUGGAGUGUCAAAGAAACAAAUAUGUUCCCAGAAUUGUUGAAAAAGUUUGGUUCUGACUGGUCCUUAAUCUCAUCCGCCUUAAAUACGAAAUCCGCAACUAUGGUGAAAAAUUACUAUCAAAGAAAUUGUAACCAACUGGGUUGGAAGCAAAUUGUUGGUAAAGCAGAUCAAAUCAAAAAGUUACAUUCUACUCAUUCUCAAGAAGCUAUUAGUGGUAAUUCUGAAGCGGACGACACUACUUCUGGUACAACAAACGUACCAUUUUCAUCUCCAACUCAACAACACAUGAACAUAAAUGCAGCUGUUCAAUCUUAUCCUGUGCAACCGGUUGGACAAAUUACAUCACAAUCACCUGUCACAGCUAUUAAUUCUAUGCAUGUACCUCAACAGCCUUUAUCAAUUCCAUCCCAACAACAACCAACCGUAGGAUAUUUCUUAAAUCGUAACCCUGCUACAAGUCCUCUUGAAAAUUCUACUAAUUCAUUGACACCAGAUUCAUUAAGCUCGAAGCCUUUUGAACCACCGGCCACAAAUCAAGAUCUAUUUUCCAGGAUAUCUACCCUAAAUACAGAAUCAGCUAUUCCUGCACCCACUUCACCAUCGUUUCAAUUUGGCACUAAGCCUGUAGAUAACAAGAAAUUAACUGCACAACUACCUCCUCAAUCUCAACCACACAGCCUACCUCAGCAGCAAGGCUACUCAAAUUCCUCCUCAACUUCAGCUUCAGCUUCACCAUUAGUUCAACAUCAAACUCCGUCUCAAUAUCCUCAAACUUCACCAAGCUCAGGAUCUACUAAUCUAAUUUCCAGUGUACCACCUGCAUCAACUGUUCCCAAGAUUUCAAACAUUUUGAAAGUGCAAGUUGCACCACCAAGAAUCAAUUUACAUCAAGAUCAUAUGAGUAAUAGUAUUACUAGUUUGUUAAAUACAGAUACUGAAUCAUAUUAUCAACCUCGUUUGCCAUCAUUUUUCCAUCAAUCUACUGUGAGGACUACCCCUGAUUCAAGUUCAACUAAUGCAAAACCUAUGUCUCCUAUUUCAAAUGGUAUGAAUGGUAAUAUUAGCCCUACUGUACCUAUACGUUCUCCAUAUUCAACAAUAUCACGUCCAGAUGGAUCAGCUAUUACAACGGCUAACACGAAUAUGAUAGCACCUGCUGCCAGCGGGCCAUCACAUAUAAUUUUGCAAGAGCCUCAGCUGCCAAGGAAGCAAAAUAUCAAAUCGAAUUCCAUUUCAUUAUUAUUAAACCAGGAAAGUGGGAAUGUCUUGCCAUUACAAUCUACCAGGCUAUCAGCAUCCCAAUUACCGACAAGUCAAAUAUCUAGUAAUAUACGCUCUGAAUGUGUUAAUAACGUCACGUCUACUACAAGAAUGAUACCUAACCUUCCUAAUAUUUCGACUACUUCUAAUUUAAACAAGAAUAUGAGCAUUAAUAAUACUAUUACAAAUAACAACAAUGGUAUGUUACCUUUGCAAAAUCAAAUCCCUCGUUCUACAAAUGAUGUAAAUACCAUUAAUAACAGCAAUGUUGGUACUACAAAUACAAGUGUCUCAAGACCUCUUUCUAACGUUAAUGAAAUGCAAAUGAAUUUCUCACUUGAUCCAUUAGCCGCGCUUGCAGCGGUUGCUUCUGCACCAGAAGGAAUAGAUCCUACUGCAGCUAACUCACCAUCGACUUCAACGCCUAGAAUCCAAAAAUAA